AUGAAGACGAACGCAUAUUCUCUGGUCUUAAUUCUUCAACUCUCUCUCUCUCUCUCUCUCUUUUUAUUUUUUCCUGAAAUCUUUUUCUCUUUCUUCAAAUAUCGCUUUUUAAUAUGUAGAAGAGAAAAUAAUUUUCUCUCUUUCAUUAACUCUUCAUCUCUCCCUCCCUCGUCAUCUCUCUCCCUCUUCAUUCCUCUCUCUUCCUCUCUUCAUAAAUUUUUCUUUUUUCUCUCUUCAUCUCUCUCAUCCCUCUUCAUUAAUUUGAUAUUUUUUGUUCAGAAAAUUCUUUCUCAAUUCUGGAAAUGCUUCAUCUGUCAGAAAAAUUUUUCCUCUUUCUUCAUCUCUUUUUUUUCUUCAAAAUCUCUCUCUUCAUCUUUCUCUUCAUCUUUCUCUGUUUUGUCUCUCUUCAUCUCUCUUCAUCUCUCUAUUUUUUCCUCAUUCUUUUCUUUUAUAAAAAUCAUCUCUCUCUCUAUCUUCUUUUUCUUUUUUCUUCGCCUUCAUUUUAUUUUCAAUAUUUUGAACAAAGCAGACGUUAUUUAUUUUCAAUGUUUUAUAAUGCUUUCGUUUUUAUCUCUUGUCUUCUCCCACCGUUACGUCUUUUGA